AUGCAAGCGCGUCUCCUGGGCUACCGGCUCAAGAUUGGUCUCGUCGUAAUCGUCAUUAUGGUGCUAGGAUUUUUUAAUGAGAGCCAAGGUUCCGCGCAUUACGGCGAGGACAGUGUGGGCUCGUUUCCAUACUUCGAGUACAAUGUCCCACGGAAUGUGACGACCGUGGUCGGACAGACCGCGUUCUUACAUUGUAGGGUUGAACAACUUGGUGAUAAAGCGGUAUCAUGGAUAAGAAAACGAGAUCUUCAUAUCUUGACAGCUGGUAUACUUACUUAUACAUCAGAUCAAAGAUUUCAGGUCAUACGACCAGAUAAAUCUGAGAACUGGACGCUGCAGAUAAAAUUUCCUCAGGAAAGGGAUGCUGGCAUCUAUGAAUGCCAGGUUAACACUGAACCAAAGAUGUCCUUAGCAUUCCAACUGAAUGUUGUCGAAGCGAAGGCUAAGAUCCUCGGUCCAGCAGACCUGUACGUGAAAACUGGCAGUUUACUUUCACUAACAUGUAUCUUGAGUCAAGGCCCACACGAUUUGGGAACCAUAUUUUGGUAUAAGGGAUCAAAAUUAAUAGAAUAUAAAGAAGUAGAUGCAAACGAAAUGGUAGAAGAACCGAGACUUAGGCUCAAAACAGAGUGGACUGAGCAACUCACGUCUCGACUAACAAUCGAGAAGCUAACGCCUACAGACAGUGGGAACUAUAGCUGUGUUCCAACUAUGGCAGAAGCCGCAUCUGUAAACGUUCACGUCAUAAACGGCGAACAUCCGGCGGCCAUGCAGCACGGUAACGCAAACACAGCAUCACCUUGUGCACUUUCAGUCAACUUAUUCAUUUCUCUCUACUGCACUCUAGCGACUAUAUACACGAGUACCAUCGAUGGAUUUAGA